CAGUGAUUUCAGCGAGUUCACUGCGCACAACACUCAACACUAAUUUACGUUCGGAUUAUCUACGGUGAGCGUGUUUACAACCAAAAACACGUUCAUAUGUCUCCUAAUGUACGUAUUUCUCGUCUUGACAAGAAUAUAACCUCGAAUCCCGAUGAUUAUGGAUAGCGUGACACGCAAAUUGGAAAAUAACAAGCGAAUUCCCAGUUCGUCUGAUCCAAAUGUGAACAUUGUUAUGUAUCUUUUACUAUUUGCGAACACACGAGAGAAUAGCGAGACUGAAAAAUUUGCUAAGAGAGCUAUUGAAUCAUUAGUAAAAAAACUACGGAAAAAAACAGAGGAACUCGAUGCUUUAAUACGAGCCGUAUCAACUCGGGGCAAAGAACCGAGUAAAUGUGUAACAAUCCCACGGACUUUAGAUGGCAGAUUACAAGUUUGCGAAAGAAAGGGUUUUCCUCAUGUUAUAUAUACAAGACUUUGGAGAUGGCCGGAUAUCCAGAAAAUGGAAUUACGGCACAAUGAUUCGUGUCUUUAUGGCUUUGACUUGAAAUGCGAGACUGUAUGUGUGAAUCCGUAUCAUUACGAGAGAAUUGGUACAAUACACACAUUGCCAAGUAAGUAAAUCCACCAUUUAAAUCAGUUUUACUACUGUUGCAAAUAUCCUGUGUAAUUGUGACUUGUGAAUUGCUAUAUUUGAAUAUAUCAUGCUUACAUGUACAUAGAUAUUCUUAAAUUAUUAUGUGUUGUUUUUAUUUUUCGUGUUGUGACUUGAUCAAAGCGGUUCACUGAGUACCCUUUUACAUUCCUGUUUGUAAAUACUUCAAAAAGAAAUCAUAAUAGUAAUAUAAUAAUCAUAAACGUUUAAGUUGUGAUUGUGUGAUAACUAAACGUUAGAGCAAGUACUUGUAGUCUAAAAGUCUACGCCUGUGGCUAAGCGUGAUGUAUUCAAUGACUCUAUAUUGUGUUAUGUUCCCGUAUUUGCGUCAUUCGUUGUAGGUCCGCGUGACUUUGUUUACGACGAAUAUAGGUACUUUAUUUUCAAUAUUAUCUUCUUUGGAGUUAAGUUACUUCCCCUACGGUUACACUAAUACUCAUAUAAUGCGAGAUUACAUUUGUACUGUAGAGAAAUUUCUAGUAUUCAAUUAUUGUAUAUUUCCCAUGCGAUCAACGCCAGACGAAUUCGAGACUUUAAUCAGACAUGUUUCUGUCUGAGAAUAGAAAACGGGUGUUUGAAUAUCGUCUGCAGUACACCUACUUUAACUUGUAAAGGAAAAUUGUUAGCAGCAAGUUAUUUGGUACAGUUGUCCAACUUUAUUUUUUCCCCCUGACUUAGUCGACACGGUAUUUGCGAAGAUGUAUUUUGUUGCCAGAUGUCGAGCAUUAAAAAAGCUUAUACUACGGUCACUGACUGUGUGGGCUCUCAUUCAUCAUUAAAAAACAUUGUUUAUUUGACCUUUGCUUGUCGUCUAUUAUUUAUUUCGCGGAUUGGUUGUUCUUAUAUUUUCUUUACAAGAUCACAUUGUGUUAUUUCAAUAGAUUUUUGAAUAGCUUGCGUGUCAUGUCCGUCCGUAGACAAGCAUAUAGCUGCUGGUCACGCAAUGCUAAAAACACCGCGACCCUCAGACACGAAAGUCAAAGGUCGCCUUUUCCGAGUAUUCUCGUAGUAAACAUGUUGUAUCUUAUUCAAAACCACUAAAAUACCAACAUUAAACCGCAUGUAUAGUCCUAAAUAUAUACUCAUUUCACGUAAAGCGAAUUCGAUCUAUUUAAUACAGAAAAGGCAUUGUUGUUGUACAGGAUUCACUGAAAAUUUUAGAGCUUGACGUUUUGCAUACAAUUUACAAAUUAUACAGGAUAUUAUGAAGGGAUUAUAUAAAAGUAAAACUCUGUGAUACAGUAAAAUAUAACCGGCCAAUAUGCCGUGAGUAGCCAUUUAGGCGGGCAAUAAAUUCAUAUUAUUAAAAAUUCGGCGUUAAAUCAUGUCGCGUACGUAAUUAUUAUAAAUCCUGUUAUAAAUCUUGCGAAAUUAUUACCUCGUCCCCAGGGUCUACGUAUAGCGCAGCAUAUAGCAAUUGAUGCAAUUCAGCCAAUUCUAGCAAAUUUAAUCAUUAAUCAAGGAAGAAAUAUAUAAAAGCUAGUUUUGAUGUUAUUGAAUAGUUGGUUAUGGCAAUUUAUUGUUAUUCAGUGAAUGUUACAUGUAUCAUUAUAAGUAUAUAACGGAGGUCGAAGUCUAUAUAUGGUGCUUAUACACUCAUCAGACAGAAUAGGUUCAUGUAGGCUGUACUGGUUUAAAAGAUGUGGGUUAAUAAAACUGUUUGUAUUUGGGAUGAACUUGUAAGUAUAUAUGCUGAGGUUGCCAUUAGCAGUCUUAGAGAUGUUGAAUACUGAUUAGAAAACUACCAAUCAAAUGUAUUUAGCAGCAUAGUCUUCAGCUAGUGGCAAAUGGCCAUGCUAUGCUAAUAAAUAAAGGUGCACGUAUAUUGGGCCAUUCCAUUUAAUAUACACCCCCCCUAUGGACGAGGUCAAUAAAAUUUGAACUCCCAAGAAAAAAAGAUCAAAGUGCGACACAAACAACCCCCCCCCCAGAAAUUAAGAAAUUUUUGCCUUACCCCUCAGAAAAAAACGCAAAGAUCAAAGAAUGCCGAUGCACACAACCUCUCAGAAAUGGCUUUUUCAAACCCCCUCAGAAAUUCUCGUCCAUUAGUGUAUAUUAAAUAGAAUGGCCCAUUUCUUACAUUUCUAGGUUUGAAUAAUUUAAGUUAUUCAAAAUUCACAUCACUAGUGUAUUUUCACACAGUCGAUACAAUUGUCAUGUCAUAUUGUGUUGCAACAUGGUGUGUCACUACGUCACUACAACAGCUAGUUUUCAAGAAUUAUAUAUCUGGUCUGGCAUGUGGCCAGUUAUUACUAAAUCUCAAUAUGACAUCCGAAAUAGUUCCUUCCAGAAAUCUAUUGGUUCUAAUGAAGUUAGUAUCAAGCUGUUUCAAAAUGUCAGCAUGUAACAAUAUUGUUUUCAAUCAUUGCUUUACACUUAGCCAUAACAACAAUCUAAAUGUUCUAAUCAAUGUAAUCAUGCAUUGCCUAAAAUGUAUUCAGUAGUCAAGAUUUAAUCAAAACAAACCAUUAAUCAUACUGGAUUGUAAUUAUUCUAUUUCAGGAUUUCUAAUUUGAUUUCCUAUGGAUUAUUGUUCCAUAUUCUUGAAUGGCCUAUAUUACGUUACAACUUACAACCUACCAAGUUGUGUGCAAUAUGUAACAUUCAGAAUAAAUGAUGGGAAUUUUAUGAUAUUUAAUUCCAGAGGUCAUUUUAUAUUCCUUUGACAACUCCGGAACCAGACAAGUGUCCCUAAUGUAUUCAGUCUCACAUAAGUGAAUUAUGUGCUGAUGAAGGUUAAGAUGAUACAUACAUAUUCAAUAUCAUCAAUAUCAUGAAAGCAGCUUGCGGUUAGUUAAUCUCAUCACUGCUCAAUUGUAAACUUUAGCUAGAUUAUCAUAAUAUAAAGUCAAACUGGAUUGUAAUUAAUAGGGCUUGUAAUUUGUAAUAGAACAUUCAUAGAAGCAUUAGUUUACAUUUAUUCUAAUAUUAAGAAUGAUAAAGACACUUGAUUAAUCUGUACUUUUCAGGAACUAGUCCGGAAACAGACAACAGCUUUCCAGAAAACAUGACACAUUCACAUGUAUGUGAUAAAGUGAUAGCUAGUCUGGGGGUUAAUUACUCUAGUUAUUAUAUUAAAUUUGAUACUUGAGCCUAUCAGAUUAAUUUUCUUUAUUUGCAGAUGAGGCUUCUACACAAUCAUUUGCUGGUCCAUGUGGAACAUUGGUUCACCCUAUUGCCUAUCAGGAAGAAUCCCCUAGUAUGUUGUAUGAGCAUUUAGCUUAUACCAACAACACUAUACCAAGCAGCAUUCCAACAACGAUUGCAACUGCAGAUGACCCUUGUCCACUGAUUGUCCAAACAUUGCUACAUUAUGUUCACUACAAGUGCCGUAAUCCAGAGUUAGAAAUUUUUGCUAGGAAAGCAACUGAAUCAAUUGUUAAAAAGUUAAAGAAGAGCCCUAAUGAACUUGAAUCAUUGAUAAUUGCAGUUACAUCACAGGGCAAGCAACUUUCUAGAUGUGUUACACUACAACGAACAAUGGACGGCAGGUUACAAGUUGGUGACAAGAAAGAUUUUCCACAUGUGAUUUACACACGACUUUGGAGAUUUCCUGAUGUGCAUAAGAUGGAGCUAAAACAUGUUGAGUAUUGUCGUUAUGGUUAUGAUUUGAAAAACAACAAAGUUUGUGUGAAUCCUUACCAUUAUGAACGAGUUCCACCACCAGGUUUGUCUAUAUGUUGUUUGUUGGUGGGUUUCAGUAAGUGUUAUAGAGCAGCAGAUAGACACUUAACUAGGAGAAAGUGAAUUAAACUGAUUCUCUCAAUUCUAUAUAAUUGCAUGCAAAUACAAUCUUGAGUACUACAUAUAAAGAAUUUAAAUGAAAUUCUGAGUUGGUUCCAUCAAGCAUUUCUUACAAAUCUUCAAAACUUAGAAUUUACCAAUGCAAAAUUCCUAUGAUCACAGGAUCACAAAAACUUCGAGUAAACCAACCUUAGCUACAGGUUGUGGUUUCCAUCGAUCUGCUGCACAAUAGUACUUAGAGAAACCUAAGUAGUAAUGGUAAUAAUUUAGUAAUAUUUACUAGGACACUGUAUCAAAUUACUGGACUGAAAUAUGGUGGAGUUUAAGAGCAGUGUACAUAAAUCUUAAUGUUAUUUGAAAUUGUACAUUUAAUUUUUUGAAAUUACCACAUGGAAUUCAAGGCAUGCAUUGAGAGGAUGAUUCUGAGUACUGAAGUAGAAUUUGACCAUUAAGUGAUAGUUUUAUAGUAUUACGGAUACCAAUUACAAAUCCACCACAUGUAAGUUGUAAAAUAAAUGUUUAAUCAUGUGAAGGAAUGAAUACUGCAGUGUAAUAUUUGCAAGUUAUAUUUACAGCUAAGUUCUGAUUAAAUGGUGUUAGGUUGCUUAAUUAAACCUUUGUCUGAAUUAAGGUAUAGAAUGUCUAUCAGCAGUGAUUCAUUUCCUGUGUUUUGUCUCUAUUUUGAGUGCAAGCUAUGUCAAGAAUUCUACUUAUGCACUUUACUUAAUCAAAAAUUCAGAUUUAAACUCCUAAAAUAAUAACAUGUCAGACAGAUGUAGACAGUACGGCUCAUAUUUCUAUAUAUACUCCAUGUUUAUGCAUUUCAUUUGCAAUUUAUUUCAGAAAGCACCCAUGGUAAUGUUUGUAUUAAAACAUUUCUUAUUUGAUAUUUUAUUGCUCAAACUGCUAAAAAAAUCUACAAUGUAACACACUAGAGCCAAGGUCAUAUACUGUAGCAUUGAAUGUUAAAACUGUUUCAAAUUAACUUCAUGUGUUGGACUAAUUUAUCUUUUCUUGUCAUGUGGAUUAGAAUAGAAUUGUUAAAACCAGUUGACUAAAUUAAUGUCAUUUGUCAAAAUUAUGCUGUAUUAGAAUUGUAUUAUUUAGAAAAGUAUUAGAAUUGGUUAUAAUUUAUAUAUUUCAUGACUGCUAGCUAAUUGCAACAUUUGUUUGGAUAGUCCUAUAAGAUAUAAUAUUUUGCCAUUACCAAUUUGCAGUUCCACCGGCUGGAUCGAGCCUAAUUUGCAGUAUGAGCUAUAUAAUAUCAUAAGGCGUCUUUAAAUAACAACGACAGUACAAUAUGUCCAAAGCAUAGACCUAAAGUAAUAUAUAGUCCGUGUGAUGGCAUAACUUUUCGUCUGUUUAAUUUGUACGUAGUCUCGUAGAGAUUAUUUUGUAAAGAAGAAAUGGUACGUGGUUAAUUUUAAUAUCUUUGUUAGACUGGUUUCGAAACUCAGUUUGUCCAGUGCCUGGAAAUCCGACAACCGCUCUUGGUAAGAUUUCAAACUUUACUACAUAAGUUACAUAGGUCAUAACCUGAUUCAGUAAGCAUUUUCGGGUUAGCGUUUAUCUGUACAACGGAAUAAAGGCGGGAUUUAAGAUCUCCUGGAACGGAGUAUCGUAAUGAGAAAGAUCCACGGAAAACGGUCUCACUAGUAAGAAAAUAUAAGAAACGUAUUGCAAACCUUUGAUUUAGCCAGUCAUUUAGCUGUACACAAACAUUAUGGUUAAAUAAAGAAGUAAAGGAAAACUUGGCCAGUGACAUUUUAUUACACAAAUAAAGAACUGUAAAAUCGUGGACAUAGGGAAAUGUUCGGAAAAUGAAAGGAAACCAAAUGUAAGAAACUAAGAAUGAUGAGAGGAAUAUGUGAAAAUUUUGCCAAUUAUAGUCUAUACUAUAGACAUAGUUCAAUGCUACACUGCAUACAAGUCCUUAAUUCAAUUCAAAUGUAGAAGAAUAUUUUUCAAUGUACAAACAAAUGAUUGAAAAACGACAAACGGAUAGUUUAUAUACUGUCUUAUAUCACAGUUUCUUGAUCAAUGACAAAGUGGCCUUAUUUAUCUCACAUAAUCAGACUUUUACGAGAAAUGGGUGACUUGUAGACCAUGGACAUAUCCUUAUCACAAUUCGCAAUGCGUGGAUCCACCUUUGGUUGACCCCAAAAGAUCCAUUCCAGUUUCAAACAGUCAAAUCGUGAAUAAUUCAAAAGCGUAUAUGAGUGAAAUGACUACGUCCAUCAGAAACAGAUAAGAAAGCAAAAAGUAAGGUUUCCCUGAAAAAGACAAUUACUAUAGGUAAUAGUAUUAUUUCGAGUGCAAUGCGGAAAAAAAACAUGCACGAGUGAGUUUUUCAAAGACUAUCAAAAUUGCACGAGUCCAAAGGACGAGUGCAAUUUGAAGUCUUUGAAAAACUCACAAGUGUAUGUUUUUUUUCAAAUUGCACGAGAAACUAUACUAUUACUUAUUAAUAAUAUACAUGACAAAAUUAUGCAGUCACGUGCGCAAAUCGUCACAUUUAAAAAUGAAGAAGAUUAAGAAAUAUGAAAAAUAGAAAAUUAAGAAAAUUACGAAAUUUGCACUGUAUUUCUUUUUUUGCACUGUACGUAUUUCAUUUUUUUUGCACUGUAUUUCAUUUUUUGGCACUGUAUUUCAUUUUUUUGCACUGUAUUUCAUUUUUUUGCACUGUAUUUCAUUUUUUUGCACUGUAUUUCAUUUUUUUGCCCUGUAUUUCAUUUUUUGCACUGUAUUUCAUUUUUUGGCACCGGCUGUAUUUGGAAAAAAUUGCACUGCUCUUAUAGCCAAUCAGAAUUGAGAAAUUUUUUUAUGUAUAUUAUUAGUAAAGAUAAAGAACAUGAACCUUAAUAUGCUGAAUGUUCCGUGCAUUGAAACGGUGAAAAUAUUUACUUUUCAAGUAUUUUUGUCGUUGUCAUAAUUAUGCAGAAGAUUAGUAUAUAUAGAAAGCAAUGAUAAAAUACUUAUUCUUAUUGGUGGGAUCCAGGGCAGCAGAUAGUGCAUGGUCGAGUGAACUAAACUACAUCUAGUUUCAAUCCUAAUUAAUAGAGUACAAUACAUAGACGGAUUUUCAUAUUUAUUACUGGGGUGGUGCCAGAAAUUUUAGGGGGGUGAGCCGUGAGCAGGUGACUGAAGCAAGACAAAGUGUCACCAAACCCCAGUAAGGUCUAUAUUCUAGGGGUGGAGCACUAGAGCCGCGAGGGAGAGUCUAGAGAGCGGAAAACAAAGUAUCCCAGCAAAAAUUUGAAAAAAAUCACGAUUUCUAGCUUCCAAAAAAGUUUUUUGAAGUGGUCAAUUUGUCAUAUCAAUGGAUUUGGCAUGUCCGAUUGUCUGUUGAGACUUGAGAGAGUUAAAGACUUAAAGUGAAAUGAACCUGUAAAAGUGUAAACCCAAUAGGCCAAUACACAAUAUGCUUUUACUUUUAUAAAGUCAUUGACAUUGUGUUGUUUGAAUCCAAGUACAAUUUAUGAUGCAACUCCGAUGUAAAUAAUAUUUGGGGCGCAAAGAUUAAAUCUAGGCAAGUCUAUUUCCUAAAAGAAUUAAAAACUAAAAAUAGUGUUCGUAAAAAUUCCAAAUGUUCCUUGCGUGCAAACUAUUCGCAUGACAAGGCACUGCAAACUCUAUUCAGGGAAGAUAAUAGAGUUUCAAAACGUUACAAUUGUUCCAAUAAACCAGUGAACGCAAGCGAGGAGCGAUUAGUUUCAGAGUGUUGCACUGUCUUUUUCUGUUCGAGUGUACUGCUACGUUUAUUUUGUAUCAUCAACACUCUGCACGUUGGAGUGGACUAUUUAUUUAUUUAUUAUGCCGAAUAUUGGGGGGGUGGGUUGAAAAUUUUUUUGGAGGGGUGGACAUUUUGUUUGGGGGGUUUAUAGCUAAUAUUGGUAGCCCCCCCCUGCACCCCCCCAGAAAAUCCGUCUAUGAUACAAUAUCACACACACAAUGAAAUAACCUUAUUUUAAGUAUUUUAAGAUUAUACAAUUACUUUAUGGUUUCCGUGUUUGGAUGGCCUGAUCCAAACACGAGAACACGCGAAAACACGAGCCGAAGGCGAGUGAUUUUGCGCGCUUUUCUUAACUCGAGCAACAUUCCCAAGUGUUUGGAUCAGGCCAUCCUAACAGAGAAACCAUAAAGUAAUUGUUUUAUAAAAUAACAAGAACACGAUAGUCUUCCGUGUUUGGAUGGUCUGAUCCAAACACGGGUUUCGAUCAAUCAGAGCACGCGUACGUUAUAUACGUGUUAUUUUAUAAUCUGUUAUAUUAAUAUGUCAGUUAACAUGCUCUCUGUUGUAUGAAGGUCUUAGACUCAUUGAAACCCAUCUAUUGUAUUAAUUAAAAUAUUAAAAUUGCUUAAUAUUUUUUUCAGGAAUUCUGAUGAGUCCACAGUUCUCAGCACUCGAUGCAAUCCCAUACUCUGCCAUCCCAUCUACACAUGAAUAUAACCACCUUCAUAACACUCGCAGUUUUAUCCCACCCAACGUUCUUGCAGCUGGUCCACCCAUACUGCCAUAUUUACCUCAUUCUCAUUAUGAUAACAUAUCGCACAGAAAGUCACCGCCCAGGUAA